AUGACGAGCCUUCCUGACGCAGCAUUUGCAGCCUGGCCACGAAAAACGGGAAUGACGUUGGAGUCCGGGGGCGGACGCUUGUUGGUGGACCGGCGGCAGGCUGAAGUUGUUGAGUCCACCUACGUAUGGGCCAAAAAGUAUCUCUCCCCAUCACCUUUGUCUGCGGCGCUUCGGCAUGACGUGCGGCUAAGCCAUGGAGAUGCCAUUUCAUUCCUCUCACGAUGCCUCUCACUGGAUCAGUUGGUGUUGUGGAAGUGA